AUGACUUUGGGGCCAGACGCUGUCAGGCCCCUGAGCCCCCUGCGCCCUUCCCUUGGCAGGCUUUUUGGCACCACAGGCAACUGCGCUGCCUGCAGCAAGCUGAUCCCAGCCUUCGAGAUGGUGAUGCGAGCCCGGGACAACGUCUAUCAUCUCGACUGCUUCGCUUGCCAGCUCUGCAACCAGAGAUUUUGUGUGGGAGACAAAUUCUUCCUGAAGAACAACAUGAUCUUGUGUCAGAUGGACUAUGAGGAGGGACAGCUCAAUGGCACCUUUGAAUCCCAGGUUCAGUAAUGCCCGGCGCCUGGCCUCCAGGCCCAUCUGUCCGUCUGCCCGUCUGCCUGUCUGCCCGUCUGCCCACCUGCCUGGCCGGCCAGCCACUCUCCUGCCGAUUAGAACUCCUCCGUCCUCGAUGGGAGGGAUGGCCCUUCCUCUGCCGCCCGUCUGUGUGUGACCCCUCCUGGGGCCAGGCUGGGCCUGUACAGUCUGUCUUCUGUAUAUAAAUGGGAACAUUUAUUUUAUGAGAAAUGUAAUGCGAUUUUAUUACUGGCGUGGAUUAAACUUAUGAAUGUUUCCGGGGA